UCGACCGGUCGAAAUGCCUGACCUGGCUGCAAUAGUUCAUUCCUUUCUUUCUUCUCCUACGCAUCCCGCUAAAACUGGCCUGCGCUCAUGUUCAAAGACGCUCAUCGAUCAUGACACUCAGCUCAGACGGAGCUGUACAAUCACUCAAAGACCUUCGCAAUGCUCUUCGAGAUGCUACAUCCGAGCUGGACAUCGAUAGUUUCACCUUUCUUCUAUCAUCAACACUACAGAACCUAAGCCUUCAUCCGACUUCCGUGCCGCCGCAGAAUGUCUCAAAUACGCUCAAAGCCAUCGAAAGAUAUCUCGGAUCGGUACAACACUCCCUCCUGACCGUCGCGCUGCCGACUUACUUGUCAGCGCUAGACGUGGGAGCUCGAUCCUUACUUGAUAGAUUCUUCGUCCCGCCUAAAAUUGCCAACCCGUCUAGCCUUGCCCUAGGUAGAGCUAUCGCUCUCGUAUCAUAUUCCUCUCUCCUCGCUCUGGUGGCCCCCGUUAUAUCCAGCAAUAAGGAGCGAACGACAGCGUUGCCAGCCCAGAGCAGAGAAUACGUCCUUCACCUCCUGGACGUCUUAGGUGCCGAGUAUGGUAUCGAUCAGCUGUACUGGGCAAUCUGGGGUGACACGACCACCUCAGACCACAACGUCAGUGCUGAGAGCAGCAAAAGCGGCAACAUCAAGAUGCAUAAAUGGGAAGAGACGGUCCGCACGGCUAUAAGCAUCCCUGCUAAAGUUGCAAAUGCUUGGGGGAAGUGGAAAAGUGAAGGAUGGGCGGGCGACAUACCGCAAGGCUUGGUGACACGAUAUUUUGACAGAUUUGUUGUUAAAUUGGAGAGCUUGAUGUACCAGGAAUCCCACAGCUCAAGGGGCGAGUCGGCGAUCAUAAGAAUCGUCUUUGAGCGGCUCAUCGCUAUUGGUCUACUCAAUACACCUCCGACCAAGGAUCAUAGCCCCGAUGCUUCGCUCCUGAGACCACUUUUGCCGCCGCUCCUUUCCCACCUGCACCCCGAUCCCGAUGAUCCACUACCACCGUACUCUUCGGGCUACCUUCCUGGCAUCUUUCUCCCUUUGUCCGGAGCUGCCCUUGCUGCUUUCGUCUACUCUCUGCUUUCUUAUCUGGCUUUCCACUUGGAUAAGAAUACAGCUCUUGAGCAGCCCAACGAGCAGGUCAAAAGAGCGGCGUCCAUUUUCUCCAGCAUUCUUGGCCAACCUGAUGCCGAAGGUGAAGCUUGGGACGCAGUCUUACGCUGCGUAUCUCGGGCUUCUGUGAUCAGAAAUGAUGCUCGGGAGGUGAAAGCCGGCAUCAUCGUUUCAUGGGUUGCAAGCGGGUCUCUCACCUGCAUCAUGAAUUUUACAGAUUCGAUACUGGAUCUGUGGACGGAUCCAAGGCACAUCAAGUACGCUCUGUAUGAUCACCAAUAUCAGCUUACAUACACCCUGAUCCGCGCCAUCUCCCUGGUCGACCCUUUCGAACCAUUCCUGGUCCGUCUUUCGCAUCGACCAAAAUUUCUCAGUGCCAUGCAGUCUUACCUCGCUCAUCCUGACCCUGCCAUCCGUCGACUAGGUAUGCUAGUCGCCGAGAUAGUAUCGGAAAGAACGGUGGUGGAUGAUCCGGCGGACGCUCAACAAAGCCAGAUUGAUGAGGUGGAAGAGCUGAAGGCAGGCUUGGAUGUGGAGGGAGAGAUCGCUGCUACUCGCAAACCUAUAAAAGGCGGGAAGAGACUACGAUUCGGAGGCGGUAUGUGGGACGGACCCGGGGAAGGCAAAGACGAGGCGAGGCGGCUACGCUCAGUCGUUGGGGUGCGCGACAAUGACGCUUCCCUGGCCGACGUGAAGGGAACAAGCGCAUGGAUUUUGGGCUGGAAGACGGAAACCGAAGAAUCACCUGAGACGUCAGCCCCUGAGCACACUUCAAUCGAAGCUAUUCCGAUCGUCCCACGCUCAGCACGAGCGACUACAAAGAAGCCCUUGGAAAAGCAGGCUGCGCGGCCAAAGAUUGUCAUGCUCGACGACGAGCAAGUUGCAGAUCCACUACAAGGGUAUGACAUUCCCUCACCCGCCUCAUCUCGAUCAUCGUCUCCGACACCCUCGUUCCUCGAGGAGGUUACUGCCGACCCUUCGCUAGCCAUCGACGCAGCUGGAAAGAAGAAGAUCAAGCGGCCAGUGUACGUCUCGCAGUUGAUGGCCCUAUUGAGGGAGAGGGAGAAGCCGGACCAUCUCGAAAUGGCUUUGAAAUGGGGCGAAAGUCUUAUCCGGUCAAAGCGUUCGUUUGGUGGGGAACUCGAGGAGAAUGCGGUAAAUCUGGCGACCCUGACCGUGGCACUCAAUAACCCUUUCAACCUGGAUCACUUUGACGAGAGCCGUCAAGGUAUACUCAAUGCCUUAGUGGUGUGUUCGCCACGUAAAGUCGCGCCAUGCCUAUGCGAACUGUACUUUAUCGGCUCCUAUUCUCUCCACCAGCGAUCAGUCAUCUUGACUGCUAUAGCAAUGGGCGCUCGCGAGCUAGCAGGGAUGACAGUCCCUACCGCUCCAAAGACCAAGAAGAUUGAUUUUCCGAGCAAGACGCUUCCCCCGGCCCUGCACAAGAUGUACAUCUCAGCAGGGGAUCUUCCUGCUGGUCAGCUUGAAGCUGCCAUUGAUGGUGUACGUGGACUCCUCCUCAGCAAAGGCGCCAAACGUGGCGAAGAGACCGUACCAGAGCUCGCAAAGGAAAAGCGACUCCGGGUCGGAUCCAGAGUGGCUUCCAAAGUUUCCGAAGUGGGAUCCCUAUCAGAUCGACAAAUGACUGCUGCACCAAAUGGAAACAAAUCGCAGAUUCCAGUGGUACCUUUCAGGGAUAUCGCAGCGGAGUACUUUAUACUCCCUCUCAUCAAUCGCUUUUGGCAACAUUUCCAGGACGCCUCGUUACGCCAGAGCCGAGCGUUGUCCUCCGGGACGAGGUAUAGAGGUGCAGGAACCGGUCUCCUACUAUCGCCAAUGGCAUUGGAGAAGUUUUUGAUGACCCUAUCCUUGCUGCUGCACGCUGCUAGACAUUCGUCCGUGUACCUUGCGGUCUUGGCACCGGAAGCGCUCGAGCUAGCAGCGGCGAUGGGAGCUCAGCAUCUGUCCCAGCCGGAUCUAUUAGACGAGAACGUCCCGGAGGGCAAAGAAGCUUCCAUUGUUGGUGCUGCCUUGGAGAUGGCUCUGGUAGUGCUCGACGCAUCUAGGGAUCUGGAUGGUGGUCGAACGCUAGCCAUGGACAAGCAUGCUCUCUUAAUGGCCGUUGGCGAGUGGGCGAGCGGAGUCUUCAAGCUCGAGGAGCAUGGGAAUGGCGUCAAGGCUGCUGGCCAAGGUGGAUUGAGAGAAGGAAGAGUCAGAGCUGCGGCUGCCGGUGUUGUCGUCAAAGUCUCUGACAUUGCUGAGAAGUGGGGAAGAUUGUCAAUCAUGUAGGAGAUUUUCGAGGGUGAGGCUCAUUUGCAUCUAUUUUCUUGCUCUGUGACUGUAAACGGUACUAUGCUGCCCAAAAAAAUCUGUGUCCUGUGCUGUCGCCGUGCUCUCCUCGACCCUACCUCUGAG